CUAAAAAAAAACAUUUAUUUACAAAUUUAUAGUAUUUUUUUUUUACAUCAAAGAAGUAAAAAACAUAUUUAUUAAAAUUUAUACUGUUAAUUUUUCUUCUAAAUCAUACUUUAAACGACAACAUGAAAUCGGACAAAAUAUCAAAUACAAUUUCGAAUAAAAAUGUCGAUGGCUCCGGCGGAAAAUUUAAAUUCGGCAUAGACAGAGGUGGGACAUUUACCGAUAUUUUUGCUAUAUGUCCUGAUGGAAGCGUUAAAACUUCGAAACUUUUAUCCGAAAAUCCUGACCAUUACAAUGACGCCCCUUAUGAAGGAAUCAGGCGGAUUAUAAAUGAAUUUUACGGAGAAAACUCUAUAUCCAAUAACAUUAGGGAACUGAAAAUCGAAUGGAUACGAAUAGGCACGACUCUAGCCACCAAUGCACUUUUGGAGAGAAAAGGCGAAAAGAUGGCUCUCAUAAUUACCAAAGGAUUCAAGGACGUUUUAUAUAUAGGGAAUCAAGCCAGACCACAACUAUUCGAUUUGAAUAUCGUUAUGCCCGAUAUCCUAUAUGAAAGUGUAAUAGAAGUAAAUGAGCGAGUGAUUUUGGAUCAGUCCGAAUGUCAACUUCCAAUCACAUUGUUUGAGGCAGGUAAGAAGAAUUUUGUCACCACCAAAAGCGGAGAAAAGUUUAUCAUUUGGAAAGGUGUAGAUCAUCAAGAGGUGGAGAGAGAUUUAAAAGUAAUAUCAGACCAAGGAAUCAAAUCAGUGGCCGUUGUUAUGAUGCACGCAUAUGGAUGGAAUAUCCACGAAGAAGAGAUAGAACGCUUAAUCAAAGAUAAAUUCGGGGAUUCGAUACACGUCUCCUUAUCUUCCAGGGUGAUGCCAAUGGUUAACAUUGUUGCUAGAGGUCAAACAACUUGCGUAGAUGCCUACUUGACUCCCUGCAUCAAAUCUUAUGUUUCUAAUUUUGUGGCCAGUAUCGAAGAUUUAAUCAAGUGGGACAAUGGAAUCGAAAAAUAUUCAGGGCCCCUCAUACAUUUCAUGCAAUCUGACGGUGGCUUAGUUGUCAAGGAAGAAUUUAUAGGAUCAAAAUCAAUUUUAUCUGGGCCCGCGGGGGGAGUAGUCGGGUAUUCCAUAACAACAUACAAUAACGAAGUGGAGACUGGUCAAAAAAACAUGCCGGUCAUAGGAUUUGAUAUGGGAGGAACUUCGACCGAUGUGAGUCGUUUUGAUGGGAAUUAUGAACAUGUAUACGACUCAAUCGUAGCUGGAAUCGUGAUGCAAUGUCCUCAAUUAGAUAUUCAAACGGUUGCUGCGGGUGGAGGUUCAUGUUUAUUGUUCAGGAAAGGAUUGUUUGUAGUAGGGCCGGAGAGUUCUGGCUCUGAACCUGGACCUAAAUGUUAUAGAAAAAAUGGGCCACUAUGCGUUACGGAUGCGAAUUUAUGCUUAAACCGUUUGUUACCCCAAUACUUCCCUAAGGUCUUUGGCCCCGAUUGCAAUCAAGAAAUUGAUUUAGAUGGAACCGCGUCGGAAUUCGAUAAAUUAACCAAAAUAGUCAAUACAUAUUACGCUGACUUAAAUGGUGCUGAUGCGUUAGCAAUGACACGAGAGCAAUUGGCAAUGGGUUUCAUUACCGUGGCUAAUGAAACGAUGAGCAGAACUAUCUUGAAUAUAACUCAAGCAAAAGGAUACGAGACUUCAAAACACAUAUUAGCGUGCUUCGGGUCUGCAGCAGGUCAACACGCAUGUUCCUUAGCCAGAUUAUUAGGAAUCAAUAAAAUUUUCAUACACAAAUAUUCUGGCAUAUUAUCAGCUUACGGUAUGUCUUUAGCUAAUGUAGUUCACGAAGAACAAGAAUCUCUUUCCACAAAAUUUUUACCCGUUAAUUUCAAAAUUUUUUGUGAUAGUUUAAGCUCAUUAGAAUCCAAAUGUCGCAAGAUAUUGAUAGAUCAAAAUCCUUACUUAUCAAACCGAAUAAUCAACCAUGGAAAUAAUGAGGAUAAUGGCGAGAAAGAUGAAAAAAUAAAAAUUGAAAUAAUUAGGUAUAUACAAAUGGGUUACGAAGGAACCCAUUGUCCAAUCAUGUGUCAAGUAGAGGAAUUAAAUUGCCACGAAGACAUUACGGAUGACGACAUCUUCAGAUACAAAGAGGAAUUCCUAAAGAAAUACCAACGAGAGUUCGGCUUUAUUUUACCCGGGCGGGACAUUGUAGUGGAUAAUAUAAGGGUAAGGUGCAUAGGUAAAUCUUUGAUACACGACGAAGAACUCAAAGUGAUAGAGGAUUCGAAAGAUUCUAACUCAACAUCAACAAGCCCUGAUCCCAAGGAAGAAAUUGUCGUGAAAUGUUAUUUCCAAGUAGAUCCGAAAGAUCCCAAAAAUAUAACAGCCUUAGAUACGAAAGUCUAUCUACAAGAUAAAUUGCCUUAUGGGUUUCUAAUAAAUGGGCCCGCUAUAGUUAUAUCAUUGAAUGGAACCAUACUUAUUGAACCAGGAUACGAAUGCAAAAUCACAUGCAGAGGAAAUCUACUCAUCACUGUAACUAACGAAUCAACAAAUUUUAGUAAUAUCAGCAAUGGGAAAGAAAAAAAAUCCCUAUUUAAAACAUCUGAAUCAACUAAUUUGGCAGUGGAUCCUAUAAAGCUUUCGCUAUUUUGUCAUCGUUUUAUGUCCAUAGCUGAAAGAAUGGGGAGAAUGUUGAAAUUAACUGCUUUAUCAACUAAUAUCAAGGAAAGGCUCGAUUUUUCUUGUGCUGUUUUCGCUCCCGAUGGUGGGCUCAUAGCCAACGCACCCCAUAUACCUGUACACCUGGGAUCUAUGCAGCAAGCUGUUAAAUAUCAAAUUGAAACCAUAGGCAAAGAUUUGAAAAAUGGUGACGUUAUAUUAACAAACCAUCCUUGUGCAGGUGGCAGCCAUUUACCAGAUCUUACAGUUAUAAAACCGUAUUUCAAAAUCUCCGAAACACACUUUGGAAGCGAAAACGCGCUAUUUUGGGUGGCAUCCCGCGGUCACCACGCGGAUAUAGGGGGAAUAUUACCAGGAUCAAUGCCGGCUCAUUCAACAAAAUUAUCGGAGGAAGGUGCCACUUUCAAAUCUUUUAAAAUUGUCCAAAAGGGACUUUUCAGAGAAAAAGAGGUUAUAGAAGAAUUCAUGAAACCGGGAAAAAUAUCCGGAAGUUCGGGCGCUAGAAGGAUUCAUGACAAUAUUGCCGAUUUGAAAGCUCAAAUUGCUGCUUGCCAGAAAGGUAUACAACUAGUAGAAGAUUUGAUUCAAGAAUACGGAUUAAAGGAAGUUUUGAGAUACAUGAAUCACAUAAGGAUUAAUGCCGCUCAGAGUGUUAGGGAUAUGCUGAGAAGAUUUCAGCACGAAAAAGAUAAAAAUGAACCAAAAAAUUUUGACAGUGGUAGAUCUGAUAAGAUCGUCAAACUUUCGGCCUCCGAUUAUAUGGAUAAUGGAACCUUAAUAAAUUUGAAUGUUUAUAUAGACACCGAUAAAGGCAGCGCGAUUUUUGAUUUUACAGGAACAGGGUAUCAAGUGAUGGGAAACUGCAACACCCCCAAAGCUAUAACACUUUCAGCCCUUAUCUACUGUUUAAGAUGCAUGAUAGGCCACGAUAUACCCAUGAAUCAAGGAUGUUUAGACCCUGUAGAUAUAAUUAUUCCCAAAGGAAGCAUAUUGGAUCCAUCUGAAGAUGCAGCCGUGGUAGGUGGCAAUGUUCAAACGUCUCAAAGAAUAGUGGAUGUUAUAUUCAAAGCUUUUAAUACUUGUGCAGCUUCUCAAGGCUGCAUGAACAACGUGACGUUCGGUGAUGGGGAUUGCGUAUAUUAUGAAACUAUAGCAGGUGGGUCUGGGGCUGGGCCAAGUUUUGAUGGUCGAAGUGCUGUCCACACUCAUAUGACAAAUACUAGGAUCACUGAUCCAGAAAUAUUGGAAAGAAGAUUUCCUGUCAUUUUAAAGCGUUUUGGAGUUAGAGAUGGUUCAGGUGGUUCUGGAAAAUUUAAAGGCGGGAACGGCGCGGUUAGAGAAAUUCUUUUUAGAAAACCCCUCAAUUUAUCCAUCCUGACUGAAAGAAGAGUGUUUGAGCCAUACGGCAUGAACGGUGGCGCUAACGGUAAGAGAGGGCUAAAUUUGUUCGUUCAUUCAGAUGGUAAAAUUAUUUACAUGGACUCAAAAUCAACUCUAAAAGUGGAUCCAGGGGACACCUUCCAGAUCAAUACGCCUGGCGGAGGGGGAUAUGGAGUGGCGGAUUCAUACUAAAUUUUUUCACUAUAUUAUCAUUGUAAACUUACCAUCAUUUUUUUUAAAAAU